UUUAAUUUAACUCAACUAAUGUACGAUACAUUUUAUGUAUUGAUACAUUUCUCAAAAAUAUGCAGGAUAUAUUUUUGCAAAUGUUAAAAAUUUCCUUUUCCUCUCUCCAUGUUCUCAUUAUACAAAUCAACAUGUCCAUUCAGAGAACGUCGCAUACAUAAGAAGAUAAUACAUAUUAAAGAAAAAUAAUAAUAAUAUGUAAUAAAUAACAAUAGAAUAAAGUUGGGAAUGAAUAAAUCGUUGUCUCGUAAACCAUAAUGUGUCAUACGUGCUAAUUAUUUCUGCGUUAUUUGUUUUUUAAUAACAACAAUCUGUAUAAAUAAUACAUCUUUUGCGUAUGCCGCGACAUCGAAGGAACGAACCGCUAUGGCGAACGUUUCUACGCGCGAUUCUGCGGUGCCGUCGCCGCAAAUCCCGCGGACAGGAUACACAAUUUUCCGAUAUAUAAAUAACACGCGAAUACAUCUGCGUGUGCGUUAUACCUCUUAUCUGUAAGAAUGAUAAUAUAUAUUUUUUUUGGCACUUACUAAUAAUUAAUCGAAAUCAGGGACAGUUGGGGGAGGGGGAUCAUCCUAAACAUUAGACGAAUGCGUUAGGCUCGAAUUCGCAAAAGAGAGAGAGAGAGCGAGAUCCCUCGACAAUCCCUUCUCUCUUUUCUUUUUCCAUUUCCCGAACUUUAUUUUAAGAUCGUUUUCGUAGCGGAGAGCUAGGAGAGCUGGUCUCUUUCUCGCCAAACGAUGUCCAGGAUAGUUCAGUAUGUGGUGGUGCGGGAAGAUCUUACGAGGACAAUGGGGUGGCCACUGGGCGCCGUGAUCGCUCAAGCGUGUCACGCGUGCACCGCCGUUAUCCAUCUCUUUUACAAUGACGCCCACACGCAGGCCUAUCUCGCUGAUUUAGACAACAUGCACAAAGUGGUCCUCGAGGCCGCCGAUGAAGCCAGUCUACAGAUGCUGUGCUCGAAACUGAAGGAGGACGACAUUCAGCACAAGCUGUGGAUAGAACAACCCGAGAACAUCGCGACGUGUCUAGUAACAAAGCCCUAUCCUAAGGACAAGGUGCAGUCGUAUUUCAAAAAGUACAAAUUACUCAAGACGUGACAGUAAGAAUCUAAAUGGCAAUAAAUACCAAAAAAGACACA